AUGAGCUUUCCUAAUAAUAAUGAAGGACCGUUCUCAAGUCGGCCAGAUGCACCCGGAGCAUCGUUUUACGACUCGCUGGCCGUCGAGGGCACCAACGCUUUUGAGUCCAAUUUCCAAGAGCCAGAAGAGGGUCCAUUUGAUGGAGAAUACCAGGAAAACUCCCAGUCUAACAAUUCUCAAGGCGGAGACCAACCAUCAUUGGAGGAAUUACAGAAUUUAUACUAUACAAAGGGGUUAGAGGAGCUAGAAUCACUCCAAUUGCUCGAUCUUUCCCCAUUGGCAACAUGGAAACUUUCAUCUCACAAGCAGGGCUUUGGGCUCCAGCAACUACGCAACGACUCACCAAACACGUACUGGCAGUCCGAUGGCAGCACAGAAAACAACAUGGAACACCGCACCAAUGUCGAUGGAAAUCAACUCAACCAUCCUCAUAGCGUGAACCUCCAAUUCAGUAAGAAGGUAUCAUUGGAGAGAAUCUCCAUUUUUACGAAUUACCAACUUGACGAGUCGUAUACUCCGCUGAAAAUCAAGAUCAUGGCAGGCGGAUCAAAUUGGGACCUCACGGAAGUUUGCGUAGUCAAUCUUGACAAACCAAUUGGCUGGUCUCACAUAAUCUUUAAAGGUGUGCGAGGAGAUGGACUUCUCAAGUGUUUUAUUGUGAAGAUCAUCAUUUUGGCCAACCAUCAGGAUGGAAAGGACUCGCAUGUGCGAGCAAUUCGGUGUUUCGGAAAGAAAUCUACCGUGUCAUUUAUCGGAACUCCCCAUGAGUCCUUCAUUCUCAAGGAUACGAGCACCCAUUCGAGUCUUUCUGGUAUUCUGUUAAAUCACCUCAGUAACAAUAAAAUUCGAAUGGAUUCGUUUGAGGGAAGCUUCGACGAGGACGAAGAAGAUGAGGAAAGAUUAUAG